CUGGCUGGGGCUCAUUCAAGCAAUGGAAACGGACCUGGCGUAUGAGGUAUUGGCGGACUAUUCGCUGCAAGAGACUCCUUUCUACGAGGCCCCGACACCGACGGCACCUGUUAGUGUCAACCUCUAUCCUCCACCCAACAAUACCCAUUUGCAAACUAGCCAACAGCAAUCACGCAAUACCGGCAAUAUCAAUCGUCGUUACGAUUCGGCGUAUGAUCUUUCACUGGCAACAUCCAUGUUGACCGGCAAAAUGCAACUCAUGAAUACCAGUAGUUCAGCGGGAGCGGUCACAAACGGCGGCCCAACAGCGCUGCACGGCGGGAUGCAUCACGCGGGUAGUCAUCAAACAAUCCAGCAAAGUCAACACCAGGCCGGAAUAGCGCUGGUUCCGAUCGGUGUGUCCAACCUCAGCUCAGGAUCAUCGCUAACUUCGUCCAUUAGCAGUGGCAGUGGCGGUGGAAGCCUGAUGCGACCGAAGAAAAUGAAAAAAUCCGUCAGUUUUCUACCGACAUUCGUACAGGGCUGCGAUGGGGAUUCGGGUCCGAUACAGCUCAAGCAGGAGCCGUUGGAUGACGGACCUAUACGCAACAUACAGAAGGUGCCGAGCCUGUCCGAUCUGUCCGACCCCGAAGCAUCACUGGAUGUACCAACACAGAUGCCGCCAUUGACGCCUGGUACAAAUAAGAAACUAACCGAAGUGCUGUACGCUUCGUUCGCAUCCUGGGAGAAGGAAGUGCAGACAUUCAAAAUCACCAAAGAUCCUCGGCAAUGGACAGCGGAACAUGUGCUAAUUUGGUUGAAUUGGUCGAUCAAAGAAUUCUCCCUGGAGGGUGUCAACAAGGAACCGUUCCAAAAGAUGAGUGGUCGCGACAUUGUUGGUCUCGGUCGCGAAGGAUUUCUUGCGAUUGCACCACCAUUCACCGGCGAUAUUCUGUGGGAACAUUUGGAAAUACUACAAAAAGAUUGCGAAAAGGCGCUACUAGACCAUUCUGUUGGUGGUGGCGGCGUGUACGAUGCGUCCUGCGGCCAGGCGGCUGGCGGUGUUGGCGUUAACGAACUCAAUGAGUACAACAGUACCCUUCAGCGGUUAAGUGGCCAGCAGCAAGAAUUCGGAAGAGGCAAUGGCUCGAGCAGCAAUAACAACAACAGCAGUAAUACUCCCGCAUCUACCUCCAGUACAACUCCCGGUACGACCACACCGAACAGCAGCAGUACCACCAACACCAACAGCGGCGGCGGCAAUGGAGGCUAUGGAUCGGUGCAUGAUCGUAGUGCCAGCGAAAGGUCUCCACCACCACCACUAAUAUCGUCCAGCGGGGGUAACGUACAGAAUGGUAGCACCAACGGCAGCAGUAGUACAUCGUCCAUGACAUCCUACCUGUCGUCGCUCGGGUCAAGAGGUCCACUCAGCGGGGGCAAUGGAUCCGGCGCAGCGAGUUCCGUCUAUCACCAGCAGUCUGGCAGCGGCGGUGCUAUGAAGGAAGAGCAAGAGCCAAACAGUUUCAUCAACAUUGACGAUCUGCCGAACUAUGGGGUCGUACCGGCACAUUACGACGAGCAAGAUCAAUACCACUCGCUGCCGGCACCCGAAACACAAACGUCCUCGCACGGAUACCUCGAAAACAGUCCCGAGUUUUACUCAGCCAUUCAGAUGGAGCAGAAGUACAUGCCGCCGCACUACAAAUCGGGCCCCUACACUAGCCGAGGUGGGCGCUACCAUCAGCCGCAUCACCACAGCAGCAGUGCUGGCAGCACUGGUGGUGGAGGAACAGGUGGAGGUGGUGGGGGAGGAUCUGGGAAUCAACAUGCGCAGCAGCAGCACCAUCAGCAGCAUCCACAACAGCAGCAGCAGCAGCAGCAGCAGCAGCAGCAACAGCAACAACAGCAGCAACAUCAGCAUCACCACCCCCAUCAUCAUCCGCAUCACCAUGCGCACCAUCAUCCUGCCAGCCAUCAUCAGACAGCUCAUCACACGGACAGUGGAUAUCCGGAGUAUGGUUCACCGUACGACACUCCACCGUUCCAGACUGUUCCCAGUAAUACGACAUCGCCUCAGAGCUCGGCCGCGUCCGGCAACGGAGCUCCAGGUGGUGGGCCCGGAGGCGGUAACGGAGGUGGCAACAACAACAACGGAGACCUGCUAGGUGGUCACGUAGUAGAUCCGUGGAGCUUGCACCAUCCCGGGCAACAUCCGCACGCCGGUGCGCCCCACCCACUGUUGGACUUUCAGCAUCCGGCUUACAUGGGGACGACGAUGGGCUUCGACAAGACGAUGCUAGGGACGUACGGGGCGCAAGGUGGUGCACCGUGCUUUACCGGUUCCGGACCAAUCCAGCUGUGGCAAUUUCUUUUGGAACUGCUCACGGACAAAACCUGCCAGAGCUUCAUCUCCUGGACCGGAGAUGAGUGGGAAUUCAAGCUUACCGAUCCCGAUGAGGUCGCACGGCGAUGGGGUGUCCGAAAGAACAAACCAAAAAUGAACUAUGAAAAGCUAAGCCGUGGCCUCCGGUACUACUACGAUAAGAACAUAAUCCACAAAACGGCCGGCAAGCGAUACGUGUAUCGAUUUGUAUGUGAUCUUCAAACAUUGCUGGGCUACUCAGCGAAACAGGUGCACGAAAUGGUUGAUCUCAAGCCUGACAAAAAGGACGAUGAAUAGACUGGUGAAACAAGGCGGGUCUAAUACAACCUUGCUGUGAGCGGAGGAGAUAUGUGAUUAUGCGAUCCCUACUCAUCCCUCGCUUGUACUACUUCGAGCAUGCGUUGCUGCUCAUUCACUCGAUCUCCCUCUUCUGGAGCCACCGUCGGAAAAUGGGAUAAAUACUUCUCUAAAACCACAUCAUGGCCAAGAGAAAUUAAACUAACUGCUGCUGGAGCUAGAUGCGUAUGAACGGGUAACACAAAAAAGCACGCGAAUCGGACUGAUCAAGUGAAGACACAAAUUGACAAAAGAUUUCCCACCAAAUACGAUAACGGUUCCAUACUUCCAUUAAGAGACAAAAUGCACUGUUGUACAUAACACUGGUGCAUGCUCUAGUCUCGCAUGCAUUCGUCAACUCGCACCAAAAGACGAUUCGCGACGUUUAGAUAUUGCGACCCCAACAGUUGUUGGCGGAUGGCGGCAUAACACCGUUGAUGCUUAUUUAGUUCUUUCCAAACUCGGUCCCGAUUUUCGUGCUUAAUUUCCACACUCUUUAUUUAGCUCCAAUUAAGGGUGGGUUGGAGUGUUGAUACGCGUGAAUGCAUAGUGGACAGAGUAUUAAAAAUGUUGUUUUUACCAUUAAACAAACAGUCGUGUAAAGAAAGUUUUGUUUUUUGUAACGAAAAAACAACAAUCAAUUGUAACGAUUAGUACAGGAAAUAUUACAAACAAACACAGAAAGCUUCCAAAUCCUAAGAACACAACUGUUCGAUGGUAUGCUGAGUGCAAAUAAAUAGGGAAAAGAGUUAAAUAAGUAAGACUAAUAGAACAAGUGCAGAAAACAAAGUGGAAUACUGGGGUGGCGUGUUGGAGUAUAAGACAACUUACAAAACAGCUACUUAAAUCUGCUACCGAAGCACAUAUAAAGCGGGAGCAUAUGUACACCACCUGAACAUGAGCAAUGCGUUCCAAUGGUCGAUACAUUUCAUACGUACAAUAACAUGACCUGUGCUAUGUUACAUUAGACAAUCUAUGUUACAUUAGAUACCCUUGGCUCGGACUCGACCAUCAUCGAUGCUGCUUUCCAAAAGAGCAUUCGUAUCGGACGACGUAAACAGGCAACGUACAGGGGAGCACUUACAGGAUUCAUUAUUACAUGGCGAUUUAGGUAGAGCAAUCGUGAAGCUUUGUGAUAAGUUUGUAUAGAUAAGUUUAUUUUUUAUUACAUGUAUGUAUUUUCCCCCUUUUCUUUCGGUAAUGUUUACUACAACAAACGUGGAUCGCACCCGAUCGGUCAAUGUCUAGAACGUGCAGCCGCAUGCGCACAUCUACGCUGCAUCUAC